AUGCCCCUUGAUCCCUAUGACGAAGAUCAAGUCGAUAUGCUGUAUGCGGAGGUGAAACUGAUGACGAAUAUCCCGCUGCAUCCGAACGUUUUAACGCUGAUUGGCGCCGUGACCCGGGGUGGAAGAUAUAUGCCUGACGCAGUUCUUGUCGAAGCGGGCUGGAUGAUCACCGUUCUGGCCAAUCUCGACUUUUAUCGGUUUUUUGAACGUGUGCCCGAGGAUCAGCUGAUUUCACGAGAGCCUUUGCCCUACAAACCCCUUGAUGAAACCACGCUGACACUGGUGAACGAUGUGGAAAAGUUGAGAUCGCUUAAGGACACGUUGAAUGCUUGCCAAUCUUUCGCUGUUGAUUUGGAGAUUUUAAAGGUAUCUCAUGGAGCCGACAAGGAUAUCGUGUGGUUGCAGCGCGAUUUUGGCAUCUACGUGGUGAACAUGUUUGACACAGGCCGCGCUGCGAGGCAUUUGGGUCUACCAAAACAUAGCUUACAAUACCUUGUUGAAAAAAAUUUGAUGUUUCAAGGUUUU